AUGCUAGAGGUCUGUGUAGACAGUUUAGAAUCGGCGGUGAAUGCUGUAUUGGGAGGUGCCGAUGAGUUAGAACUAUGCAGCUGCCUUGUAGAAGGCGGGCUGACUCCAUCACCAGGCUUAGUCACAGAAGUUCUAAGCAUGGCUUCAAACUCAAUCCAACCGAAGAACCGGAAAAGCAAGAAGGUGAAGGUGAAUGUGAUGAUUAGAUGCAGAGGCGGUUCUCACUUCAGCUACAAUGAUCAUGAAAUGACAACAAUGCUUGCCGAUAUCAAGGUUUACAAGGACAUGGGAGUUGAUAGAUUCGUGUUCGGAGCUCUGACGGAAAAUCAUGAGGUGGACAAGAUAAAUUGUGCAAAAGUUUUAGAAGAAGCAGGCCAAGUGCCAGUCACAUUUCACAGAGCUUUCGACCUUUGCCGAGAUCCAAGAAAUGCUGUACGUGAUAUUAUUGAAGUGGGAUUUGAUCGUAUUUUGACAAGCGGUCAGAAGCCUUCCGCAGUUUAUAACGAUGCUAUUGAAUUAUACAAAUGGCUCUUGAGACAUUUCGGAUCUGAGAUUCAAAUAUUGCCAGGUGCCGGGAUCACCUGUGAGAAUGCUGCGAUCUUUAUGGAUUUAGGGUUUGAGAUGAUCCAUAGCUCUUGCAAGAUUAUAAGGAAGCUGGAUGAAAAUGAUGACUUGGAUAUGGGUGACAGCGAGAUAUAUGUCACCGACGAACAGAUUGUUAGAAAAAUGAAAGACGUCAUACAAAAGAAACGAGACAAAACAUAA